AAAACACAAAUCAAAAUGGCUGAUGAUGAGAAAAAGGCAGCUGCUCCCGCCGCAGCACCAGCUGCGGCUGCGGCCAAACCGGCGGCGCCAGCAGCGGCUGCGGCCAAACCGGCAGCGCCAGCUGCCAAUGGAAAGGCGCCGGCAGCUGCGGCCGCGCCAGCCGGCCCGCCCAAGGAUCCCAACGAUCCGAAAGUGAAGGCCGAGGAGGCAAAGAAGGCUAAACAGGCUGAGAUCGAGCGCAAGCGUGCUGAGGUGCGCAAGCGCAUGGAGGAAGCUUCCAAAGCCAAGAAGGCCAAAAAGGGUUUCAUGACCCCAGAAAGGAAGAAGAAACUCAGGUUGCUGCUGCGUAAGAAAGCCGCUGAGGAAUUGAAGAAAGAACAGGAACGCAAAGCGGCUGAACGUAGACGCAUCAUUGAAGAACGUUGCGGCAGUCCCAGGAAUCUCAGUGAUGCCAGUGAAGACACACUGAAAACUUUGAUCAAGCAACACUAUGACAGGAUUAAUAAAUUGGAGGACCAGAAAUAUGAUCUUGAGUAUGUUGUUAAGCGCAAGGAUGUUGAGAUCAACGAUCUCAAUGCCCAAGUUAACGAUCUUCGCGGCAAGUUCGUCAAGCCAGCCCUGAAGAAGGUCUCCAAAUACGAAAACAAAUUCGCCAAGCUGCAGAAGAAGGCCGCUGAGUUCAACUUCCGCAACCAACUUAAGGUCGUGAAGAAGAAGGAGUUCACACUGGAGGAGGAAGAGAAGGAGAAGAAACCCGACUGGUCCAAGGGCAAACCCGGCGAUGCCAAGGUGAAGGAGGAGGUUGAGGCCGAAGCUUAAGUGUCCACACUUCCACUAGUGUCCACUGACCCGUGACUCCCGCCCUAAACAAUAAUUGAGAUUAUUAUACAACAAUUUUCUGAAGCAAUACAAUUUAUAUAAUUCUAUUAAAUAUAUAUCUAAAAAUAUAUAUACAUGUAUAUAUCUUGCCAUAUAUAUGUGCCAUAUGAAUAUGAACAGAAUGAAGUCAAUAAACCAAAACAGCAACAAUUAAAACCAA